AUGCCGACCGACAGCCCUGCGACUCUGCCCCUCCGCCAGACGAACCGGGACUCCUCCAACAUGGCUAACAACUGCGUAGACUGCGAUCGCGAUUCGGCCUUUGGCGACGACGACCACCUCCGCGCCACCGAAUCCAUGUUUCCCACCCCAGUCGCCGCGGGCACAAAGCGGGAUGCCGAUGAGCUGCGAGACGCCGCCCCAGAAUCUGCCCAAUCCUCCGGUCCGAGCUCGCAAGAGUACCUUCUUGAUCCCCAGCUGUGUUGCAAUAGGUGCCCUGAAAACUGCCCAGAAGCGUACCAUGUGCGUCCGACUAAACGCCAGGCUUCGGCCGAUAAGGUUGGCGAAUUUCAUCAUCCUACCACAGAGUCUCACCAGGGCACCGAGCCAGACUGUCCCUUUCCCGACGACUCUUUUGAAAAGUUCUGCCAGGAGUGUCACUUGGAGCCAUCUUCGCACCCGGAUUGCUCAGUGCCUUGCCCUGCCGACGAUUGCGCUGAAGACGACGCCUGCUUUGACCCUCGAUGCACCCAGAAAAACGAACAUUGCACCGACAACUGCGUAGACCUCGAGUGUACCAAGAUCGCCUGUCCAGACCGGCCAUGCUUCUGCCAGAAGUGUAACGCUCAGCCUUGUCCUUUGGGUGACCCGAACAACGAAUGUCACUUGGCCCACACCGCCCCUACACCGGCUGGUACAAUAUACUGCUACGACGAUGCGCCGUGUCACUUUCAAGACGGCUUUCAUGGACACCAGGGCAACCUUUCAUCCUUUGAGACGUAUCCCUGUUUCUCUCAGACUCACGGGUACCACCCAGCCGACGACAUCACGACGACGGCGUCGAGCGCCGCGACACCAGCACCGUCGCACAGCAACUACACUUCAUUGGACAGUGUAUUCACCACUGAACAAUCACCGGGGCCUAGCAAAGCAACUUAUUCCCCGCACUGCUUCCUAAAUGUCGCCGGCGACCACUGUCACAUUGACAACUCGUGUUGUCACGGGGCCCGCCGAGCAUGCGGCCACGCCCCGUCUGCAUCGCAACAGCAGUUGGACAUGUGGGGCUCUUCAAUAGCACAGGGAAAUGGGCUAGCCAACACCUUUAUGAACUUUGGGUUCAACUCGAGCCUGCCCACUAGCCCCGUCUCCGCCGACCGGAACUCAAUACAUUCAGCGAAUCCCUUCAGCCUUGAAGACCCUAUGAUGGGCUUUCACGACCACUCAUGGAUGCUGACGGAGUCUGCGUUCCCGAAUGUCUAUCAACCAGCAAGCGCGUUUGGCAGUACCAACAAGCUCAAUUUCCUGGCUUCUGCCGUUCAGAAUGACAUCUUGCGCCCAAACGCCGCAAUCUCUUCUGGCUCAAGUACCCUGCCCAGUGGUUCAGGAGGUGCACAAACCUGUGUGUGUAAAUGGCAACAUGGUCCGGGACUUCUAUGUCUCGCAUCUUUCGAGACUCCAGAGGCGCUGCACAAGCACAUCAAGACCGCUCACGUGGACAACUGCGCACACUGCUUCUGUCAAUGGGAAGACUGCGAGGCCUGCACCAAAGACUUCAAGCAGCGCUCCAAGCUCUCACGCCACCUCCUUGGCCACGCCGGUUACCGCCCUUAUGCCUGCAGCUACGAAGGUUGUGACAAAACUUUUGCUACCAAUCAAGCCAAAGACAAUCACGAGAGGACGCACACGGGCGAGCGACCCUAUGUAUGUGAUCGCUGCGGAUACACAACCACGACACACACACAGCUACAGACACACAUUAGCGCUCUUCACGAGGGUAAGAAGCCGCACAAGUGCCGCUUCUGCGAGUUCACAUGCGCGGAUUCAAGUAACCUGAGUAAGCACGAACGAACACAUCAGACUCUGCGUCCCUACCGCUGCCCCCAGCCCAACUGCACCUUCAAACCCGACUGUCGCUGGGAGAAUCUCAAGCGCCAUCUCCGCCGCUCCGGCCACUGUCCACAGCUCCUCGUCGAGACAAGCGACGAGUACAAGCUCUACCGCGAGAGCGUGCGCCGCGAAAUCGACGACUGGCACAAGAGGAAUGAGGAUGGCGGCUUGGGCCGCGGGGGCAGGAGAAAGGGUAGCCGUGCUAUGACCAAGUAA